CAAAGGUCAUCGAAACACUGUAUCUGCAUCUUCGGCUCGAAACGAGGACUCUGAAUUCAAGCUUCCACAACCCUCUUCCGAUCGAAAUCAGUAUUCGGAAGUCAUAAAGGGUUUUUAGUUCUUAAAAUGCUGGGUGGCCUCUACGGCGACCUUCCUCCACCAUCCUCGGCGGAGGAAGAAAAACCCACCACCAACUCCACCGUCUGGUCCACCAGCACCAAGAUGGCCCCCGCCACCCUCCGCAAACCCGCCACUGUCUCCGCCCCUCCCGUCACCCUCCUCCGAUCUCAAUCCAAACCGAAACCCCUCCCCACUCCCUCCUCCUCCUCCAAAAUCCCCUCAAUCCCUGCCGCUCCGGCACUUCCACCGCCGCCGGUCCUCCCCGACGACCCAGCGCACCACCAGCCUGCACUCGUCGGCGUCCAGUCAACGGUGAUAGAGGAGUACGACCCCGCCAGGCCCAACGACUACGAGGAGUAUCGCCGCGAGCGGAAGCGAAAGGCGAGGGAGGCGGAGAUGAUGCGUGAGCUGGAGCGGCGGCGCCAGGAGGAGGAGGAGAGAGAGAGGAGAGAGAGGGAGGAGAGAGAAAGAGAGAGGGAGCGGGAGCGGGAUUACGGCGAUUCCAGGUUGAAUAUUUCCGGCGAGGAAGCAUGGAGGAGGCGUGCUGCCAUGAGUAGUGGAGGUGGCAGCGGUGGUGGUGGCGGCGCUGUUCCGCGAUCGCCGUCGCCACCAGGGAAUUCGGAUGGUUUUACCAUUGGGAAGUCGGAGACUGGCGGGUUGGGGCUGGGGGCAGGCGGGCAGAUGACGGCGGCGCAGAGGAUGAUGGCGAAAAUGGGGUGGAAGGAAGGACAGGGACUUGGGAAGCAAGAACAAGGAAUCACUACUCCAUUGAUGGCAAGGAAAACUGAUAGAAGAGCUGGUGUUAUUGUGAAUGCCAGUGAGAACAGUAGUAAUAAGCCUGAGAAGAAGGUGAAGAGUGUUAACUUCCAUGGGGUUCCUACUAGGGUGCUCCUACUUAGGAACAUGGUGGGUCCUGGUGAGGUAGAUGAUGAACUAGAAGAGGAGGUAGGAUCAGAAUGUGCCAAGUAUGGAACUGUAACUCGGGUUUUGAUAUUCGAGAUAACAGAGCCAAAUUUCCCUACUGAUGAAGCAGUAAGAAUUUUCGUGCAAUUUGAGAGAUCAGAGGAAACAACCAAAGCUUUAAUUGACCUUAAUGGUCGGUACUUUGGAGGUAGAGUGGUGCAGGCCUCAUUUUAUGACGAGGAGAAGUUCGGCAAGAAUGAGUUAGCUCCAAUGCCAGGAGAAAUUCCUGGUUUUUCCUGACAGGAAAAGACUCGUUGAUUUCCAUACAGUUGACCCUGGUGAUUGCUCUGAAAUCUUGAAAUUGAAGGUUCAGUGUUUCAUUACAUUAUAAGAUAAUUAAGCAUUGUGUUGUACUUCGGAUUCAAUCAUGGUCGAAGUGUGUUGUAAGGAUGACAAAGGGUUGCUGCUCAAAGAAUUAUUGUGAUGAAAAAAGAACAAACUUCACUAUUAGCUAGCUAGUUCUAACGAUUUUCAUUGUACAUUGUUAGUUCCUUGAUGUGAUGAUCGAAUUUUGAAA